AUGGAGGCGUACGUCUAUAACACUUUCUGGACUCGAUUUGCGCUAAAGGAAUAUUCACUCGACGAUUUUGACUGCUACGAAAAGCACUGGACGGUUAUGAAUUACACCAACCCCGAGGCAUUGCUUCAGUUGCAUGACCAUGACUUUGUGAAAGAGUUUAACGAGGAAUAUGCCUCGAGUGGUUACGGUGAAGCAGCAUGGGAAAAAAUUGCAUAUCCGAAGAUUCUGAAAAUGCUUCGUGAAGCAUUUGGCAUGGUGGUAACGAGGGGUGGGGAUCACAGUCGAUGCCGUGCGAUGUAUGGUGUGGAUGUUAUGCUACGGACGGAGCGCUGUGUUGAAACGGGCGCUUUGACACUUGAGCCUUCGUUACUCGAAAUCACCUUCAGUCCGGACUGCCGUCGCGCCUGCAAAUAUCAUCCAACGUUCUUCAAUGACAUUUUCCACACACUUUUCCUUAGGGAUCCAACGAACAUGACACCACUGUGA